AGUGCUCAGGGAUUAAGAGCAUGAGAUUACAGGCUUCUGAUUCCUUGCAGCCAGGUUUGUAAAACAUAGCUCUGCAUAACGAUCUGCCUGGAUUACUUGCUUAUAUAGUGUAUGCUUGGGGAGCUGAAUACACUGAUGACCUGCUCACAUCAGAUGACUGCCAGAUGUAAGGAGGACUGCUCUGCUGGGCAUUAGCUUGUCUUCCCUGUGAAAUUUCGCUUGAUGAGAGGCAUGUAACUACGGUGUUAUUGUAUUUGUUCCUCAAGAAAAUAUAGAUGACAGAAAAACAUUGAAAAACAUUUUUUGGUCAUCAUGUACAUUGUGUUGAAGCACUGAAAUAAACAUGAUGAAAACCGAGGCUUCAGGAGAACGAUCCAACCUACGCAGUGCCUCACCCCACAGAAAUGCAUACAGAACCGAGUUCCAGGCUCUGAAAAGCACCUUUGAUAAGCCAAAAUCUGAUGGAGAAGAUAAAACAAGAAAUGAAGGGGAUACCCCUCAAACGCAACAGACUAGGGGGCGGAGGUAUGGAUCAAAUGUCAACAGAAUCAAGAAUCUCUUUAUGCAGAUGGGAAUGGAACCAAGUGAAAAUAAUGGUGUUCCUACAAAACAAAAGACCAAGACUACGCACUCAUCUCCACAAAGAAGAACUAAGCCAAAGGAAUUUUUGGAAAAGAAAGAAAACAGUGACGUAAAACCCAAAACUACUAUUUCUGAAAGGGUUAGCCGUUUUGACACUAUUGAUGGUUCAUAUUCUAAAUUUACAGAAACUAGGAAGAUGUUUGAGCACAGUAUUAAGGAUGCAGGGCAUUCUGGCCGCUAUUCCUCAAGGAAAGAUAGGCGAGGAUCAAAUGAGCUUCUAGAUGAAGGACGUGGAAGUAAAUCUAAUAGGGGCAGCAGUGAUUCAUUGGACAGUCUUAGUUCAAGGACAGAAGCUUUGUCACCAACAGUGAGCCAACUCAGUGCAGUGUUUGAAAAUAGUGAUUCGCAAAGUCCAAAUAUUCUGGACAAGAAUGAAAAUAAUGGGUAUUCAGUAACUGGUCAUUACCCGUUGAACAUAGCAACUUCUCCAGUUUCAGAUUUUGAAAGUUAUGGACAUGCAAAAGACCCAAAUUCUUGGGAUACUGACACUGAUUUAUGCACUGAUAUUACACACGUGAAGAACAAGUCUGCUUCACAAGAAGAUGUACAUAUUCAUAUUUCAACACUGACAAAGGAAAUAAAAAAGGAAAAGAGUGUCGGCUGCAGUACUUCUAACGAUAUCAUAUCUCCUGGGAGUGAACAUGGGGAUGAUGAUAGUGUUAAAGAUGGAUCUUGUGUUGGCUACAAUACAAAAAGAAGUGGACCCAAAACACAACAUAAUGAUCUGUCCGAAGAUUCUAUUAACACUUUUGAUAGGACUAAGUUAGGGGAACCACAAACAAAUUCAGAAACCCAUGACAAUUUUACAGCCAAUAGAAGCUCUGUUUCACCAACCUCUCUAGAUGUUGGUACAAGUAUGAGUGAACCCAUUGGAGAUAUGAACAGCUACUCAAAUACUCAAACAUAUCAACACUCUGACUAUAAUGUUUACAGAGUACGGUCAAGGUAUAAUACAGAGUGGGAGGAAACAGAACAAGAUGAGGAUGAUGACAGUGAUGAAAAUAAAUGUUAUGAACCUGACAUGGAGUUCUAUGAGGUCCCUGGAUUGCCAGAGGAGGAUGAGUUUCCACCUAAACGGAAGAUUCAGUUCAGUAAAGCGCCUAUCAAAGUAUUUAACACAUAUUCAAAUGAGGAUUAUGAUAGACGGAAUGACGAGGUGGACCCGGUCGCUGCAUCGGCUGAAUACGAGCUUGAAAAACGGGUGGAAAAGCUUGACUUGUUCCCAGUGGACUUAGAAAAAGAUGACGACGGCCUCGGUGUCAGCAUUAUCGGCAUGGGAGUUGGAGCAGACACUGGUCUGGAAAAACUUGGAAUAUUUGUCAAAACAGUCACCGAAGGAGGGGCUGCACAGAGGGAUGGGAGAAUCCUUGUCAAUGACCAAAUCUUGGAAGUCGAUGGAAUAAGUCUGGUUGGCGUAACGCAGAACUUCGCAGCUACUGUUCUUCGUAACACAAAAGGGAAAGUCAGAUUUAUUAUAGGACGGGAAAAACCAGGACAGAUUAGUGAGGUUGCCCAGCUAAUAAGUCAGACUCUUGAACAAGAGCGGCGCCAGAGAGAGAUGAUGGAACAACAUUAUGCUCAGUAUGAUGCGGAUGACGACGAGACAGGAGAAUAUGCUACCGAUGAGGAAGAAGAAGAUGUGGGCCCUGUUAUUCCAGGCAGGGAGAUGGCGAUAGAGGUUUUUGAACUCCCUGAAAAUGAUGAAAUGUUUUCCUCAGAUUUGGAUGCGACAAAGCUAGCUCAUAAAUUCAAAGAGUUACAGAUAAAGCAUGCGGUCACGGAAGCCGAGAUCCAGAAGCUAAAGACUAAGUUGCAAGCUGCAGAAAAUGAAAAAGUGAGGUGGGAGCUGGAAAAGACACAACUUCAACAAAACAUUGAAGAGAACAAGGAUAGGAUGAUGAAGUUGGAAAGCUACUGGAUCGAAGCCCAAACCUUGUGCCAUACUGUGAACGAGCACCUCAAGGAGACGCAAAGUCAGUACCAGGCCCUGGAGAAAAAAUACAACAAAGCAAAGAAGUUGAUCAAGGAUUUUCAGCAGAAGGAGGUGGACUUUAUGAAACGUCAAGAAGCCGAAAAGAAAAAAAUCGAAGACAUGGAGAAGCUUCAUCUCGCAGAAGUUCAGAACCUGCAGUCUCGUAUUAGGGACCUCGAGGCAGAAGUAUUUAGGCUUCUCAAGCAAAAUGGAAGUCAAGUUAACAAUAACAACAACAUUUUUGAAAGCAGGACAUCCCUUGGAGAAGAUUCAAGUGGGGUUUCAGCUGAGAACUUGGAUGAACAACAAGAGCUGAGCUCGGAUGGCUUAAAGGAAGAAGGAGCAGUGAAGGGAGGAGAUACCGAUGAUGUAUUUGAUUUUAAUGAAGUUCCGGAAACAGAAAGGUUGGACUCCAAAGCCCUCAAAACAAGGGCUCAACUCAUCGUGAAGAGCAAACGUCAGAAACCGUCUCGAUCAAGAUUGUGUGAUAGCAUUAGUUCUACUGAUGGUGAAGACAGCAUUGAACGGAAGCGUUAUUGGCCACCAAUAAAUCGUUAUUCAUGUCGCUUGAACUUCACAUUGAGCGAUGACUUCAGUGGCAGCAGUGCCAGCUCAGCUGAGCUAAGCGGCCUUAUUGCCGAAUCAAAAAGAGCAGAACGUUCUCAUUCUUUGGCGCUGUCUUCGGAUGAGAGCCUGGACAUGAUAGAUGAUGAGAUUCUUGAUGAAGGCCAGUCACCCAAGCAUAACCAUUGGCAAAGCCAUAGAGUUCUGGAAUGGACCACACAACAGGUGGUUGAUUGGCUAAGGAACGUGAACCUUGAACACUGUGUUCCGGUAUUUACAGCCCAAAAUAUUAAUGGUGAACAGCUUCUUCAGAUGGAUGGCACAAAACUUAAGGCUUUAGGUAUCAAUUCUCAAGAAAGAACAGUUAUUAAAAAGAAGAUCAAAGACAUGAAAUUGUCAAUGGAGAAAGUUCAGAAAAACCAAGAAAAAAUGGAGAAGCAAAGAGAAAGACUUAGAAAGAAAGAGCAGGAACAACAGCAGCACAAUGCAAAGCACGAAAGAACGUCCUCAGAUGACAUCAGAGACCCAAAAGAGCCGUGAACAGUAACCCACAAAUGUGGCUAAGACAUUUAGACAACAGAAUCUCCAUGUGUUCUACAAUAUGUACAGAAAUAUUUAUGGUGAAAUACUGGCAUCGGAUAUGGAAGAUUCUAUUUGAAAGACAUUAUUUUCUAAAAUGAUCAUUUUUUGUUAGCCAAAAGGGAUUAAAUUGCUGUUAUGAUUUCAUAAGAUUCUUUGGUUCAGUGCCGCGUGCUGUGCAAACAAGUCUUGAUAGCU